GCGCCCGCCAGGGCCAGUGAUCGGCGCGCGGGGGAAUAUCAUAACGUUGCUUGCCUCUAACGACUACCCUUUCCGCCUCCUAGUGUUCUUUCUAUCCUCCCCUCCACUGUCCUUACGCCUUUUGACGCACCUAAAAGUCUAUGGGUGAUGUACUCGGAUUCGACAUCGACGUUAACAUAAACUAUGACGACCCGUCCUGGAACGACUAUGUUGAGCACCAGAACAUGUGGUGCAAGUACCAGCCCAUGCUGGAGGCGAAGGGAUAUCGCCUCCCCGAGGAGUACAAGCCGACGAAUACUAUCAGCAUAUCUGAGCUGAAGAAGCACGGAAGCCCGUUCAUCCUGACGGAACACCCGCACGUGCAGCUUGAGUCGAAGCGCAUCAAGGACAACAGCCCUAUUGUGCUCAAGUUCGUGAAGAUUAGCGUGCAGGAGGCAGCCAUCACGGCGCACCUGGCGAAGAUCAGCGACCCAUGGAACCAUACCAUUCCCGUCUGGGAUGUCAUCAACUUACCCGACGACGACAAGUGGUGCAUCCUUGUCUGCCCAAAGUACCGAUCGUGCUACAAGCUUCCCUUCCACACUACCACCCAGUUCGUCGUGUUCUUACGACAGGUCCUGCGGGGCCUCUGCUUCAUGCACCGACAUAAUGUUGCCCACUGUGAUAUAGCCUCGGGGAACAUCGUCCUCCAUGAGACUGCGGUAACCGAAGAAGCCGAUGAAUCCUUCGUCGUCGAGAAGGGGACGCCAUCGACGACUUUACGAUUCCGCGGUGCGUUACGACGAUGGACAUCGAAGAAGCGGAAAGGCGCACGAUACUACUUCAUCGACUUCGGCCUGUCGUGCGCCUUCGACAGCUACGAGAAACGGCACAAGGUCUACGGUGUCUGCGGUCAGCACCGUGAUGUACCCGAGCUAUCGGAAGAGGUUGCCUACGAUCCGUUCAAGGUAGAUAUGCGCCAGCUUGGUGAGACCUUGAGGAAGGACUUCGCUGAGGAAUACCAAGGCCUCGAGUUCAUCCAGCCCCUCAUUAACCGCCUACGCGAGGACGAUCCAGACAAGAGGCCCACGGCGGAAGAAGCGCUCGACAUCUUCGAGCAGCUCGUCGACUCGCUGCCUGACAAAAAGACACGGAAAUUGAGGCGGCGCGACGACUGCCCCGCACUACAAUACUUUGCCAUCUUCUUCGUCGCUGCAUGGAUGCUAGGCCUCUACUGGAUGUACCACGUCAUCACUGGACUCGAUCCGGAACGCUUUCAAGGCGUCCCGAUGGGAUUAACUGGAGCUAUUCAUAGGGCACGGCAGGUCAGCGCGGCGGACGAGGCUGGUAUGGAUGCUUUGCUGGAGGGGACGAGGGCUAUGUUUGAUGACUCGGUAUCACCUCUGGAAGGGACGUUGAGAUAGCUAUGGUAUAUGCUCAUGAUUAUCUACAUCCUUGCUUCAUAUAGAUGACAGAUACCUAUACACUAGUGGAUCGGGACGGUGUAGUUUACAUACCUGUAUACUAAUUCGGCGAGCCACUCGCUAUCAGGCUAUGCCAACGACUAUGCUUUAUCGUAAGACGCUCUUGUUGUUGAGUCC